AUGGGGUCUGUAAGCAAAGAAAUACUCCAAGACGUUCCGCCCUACCUUCGAGUCUACAACGAUGGAACCAUCGAGAGGCUCGUUGGCACCGAAGUUGUCCCACCCACCGCCGAUUCCGCCACCGGUGUCACCUCCAAGGACGUCUUAAUCUCACCGAAAACCGCCGUCUCCGCCAGGCUCUACCGUCCAACUCUCAGCUCCCCCACACAAAAACUCCCUCUCCUCAUCUACUUCCACGGCGGAGCAUUCUGCAUCGCAUCACCCUCCUUUCCCUUGUACCACCGCUCCGUCAACAACCUCGUCUCCGAAUCACGUGUCAUCGCCGUCUCCGUCGAUUACCGUCUAGUCCCAGAACACCCACUUCCGGCGGCCUUCGACGACGCCUGGGACGCCCUCCGGUGGGCCUCCUCCCAUGUCCCCGGAGGAACCGGGACUGAAGAGUGGCUUAAAGAAAACGUCGAUUUCAACCGUGUCUUCCUCGCCGGAGACAGCGCCGGAGCAACCAUAGCUCAUCAUACCGCCAUCCGAAUCGGAACAAAACCAGAUCCCAAUAUCGCCUUCAAAAUCUCGGGUAUCAUCUUAAUCAACCCGUAUUUCUGGGGCAAAGAACCAAUCGGGUCGGAAGCAAAAGAUAGUAUGAAGAAGGCAAUGGUAGACAAGUGGUGGCAGUUCGCAUGCCCACCCGGUUCCAGUCUCGGGUUAGACGACCCGUUAAUCAACCCAAUGGCGAAAGGAGCUCCAGAUUUAUCGGGUAUGGGUUGCAGUCGGGUCAUAGUGACGGUCGCCGGAAAAGAUAUACUAAGAGACAGAGGUUGUCUGUAUUAUGAAAGCCUAGUAAAGAGUAAAUGGGAGGGGAAAGCAGAGAUGAUGGAGAUCGACGGCGAAGAUCAUGUUUUCCAUAUCUUUAAUCCCGAUGGGGAUAAAGCCGUAAAUAUGAUCAAAAGGUUGGCUACAUUUAUAAACCAACAAUAAU